CAGAUGCCCCCGCCCCAAGUAGGCGCGCACCGGACAGCUUUCCCCGUUGGGCGUCGCCGUCGCCCCCGGGCAACACGACGGAAGUGGGGAACUGGCCCUUUAAGGGCGCCGCUGCGUCUGCGUCUGGGUUUGGCGCGCCCGCCCACGGCGCCGGCGGAGAGAACAUGGCCCUGGCGGCACGGGUGGGGCGGUGGCUGUGGCCCCGUAGGUGUGCGCUAGCCGACAGACUGGGCAGCCGCCCGUGGCCACCGCUGCUCACGCCGAGCCGGGCCGGCUUCGCGGGGUUGGCGAGUAGCCGCCAGGGGCGCCCGCGGCUGCUGGGGACUGUGGCCGUGGCCCUCGGAGGCACCCUAGGACUGUAUCACACCGUGCGGUGGCACCUGCGUGCCCAGGACCUCCGCGCCGAGCUCUCCGCAGCGCAGCUCUCCCUGUCCAGCCACCUGCAGCUGACCCUGUACCAGUAUAAAACGUGCCCCUUCUGCAGCAAGGUCCGUGCCUUCCUCGAUUUCCAUGCCCUGCCCUACCAGGUGGUGGAGGUGAACCCCGUGCGCAGGGCCGAGAUCAAGUUCUCCUCCUACAGGAAGGUGCCCAUUCUGGUGGCCCAGGAAGGAGACAGCUCGCAACAGCUGAAUGACUCCUCCGUCAUCAUCAGUGCCCUCAAGACCCAUCUGGUAUCUGGGCAGCCCCUGGAAGAGAUCGUCACCUACUACCCACCCAUGAAGGCCCUGAAUGACCAGGGCAAGGAGGUGACUGAGUUCUGUAACAAAUACUGGCUCAUGCUGAACGAGCAGGAGGCCCAGCGCAUGUAUGACAGCAAGGAGGCCAGGACGGAGGAGAUGAAGUGGCGGCAGUGGGCAGACGACUGGCUGGUGCACCUCAUCUCACCCAACGUGUACCGCACACCAGGCGAGGCCCUGGCCUCUUUCGACUACAUCGUCCACGAGGGCAAGUUUGGAGCCGUGGAGGGCGCCAUGGCCAAGUACGUGGGCGCAGCGGCCAUGUACCUCAUCAGCAAGCGUCUCAAGAGCAGGCAUCACCUCCAGGAUGACGUGCGUGAGGACCUCUAUGAGGCCGCCAACAAGUGGGUGGCAGCCGUGGGCAAAGACCGGCCCUUCAUGGGAGGCCAGAAGCCAAACCUCGCUGACCUGGCAGUGUAUGGUGUGCUGCGUGUCAUGGAGGGGCUGAAGGCCUUCGACGACAUGAUGCAGCACACACGCAUCCAGCCCUGGUACCUGCGGGUGGAGAAGGCCAUCGCGGAGGCCCCCACAGCACCCUGAAGGUCCUCACCUGAUGGAGAGUAGGAAGCAGAAGACUGUGGGGACCAGGGCCCCAGGGCCAGUGCUGGCAACACUGUUAUAGAUAGGGGUGAUGGGUGCGGGGGCCUUCCACCUGCUGUCUGCCCCAGCCCCAGCUCCCCAGCUGCUGACGCUGACACUUUGGGGCUCCGGGAGCUGGGGACAGGUUGGGGCUGUUUCUGCUCACAGUUGCCUGGAGGGUUGUGGUCACCUCAGGGACUGUGCCCCACCCUGGGAGCUGAUCCCUGCCUGGACCUCCCUGUUCUACAGCCCCUGAUGGAUGGGGAGUGGGGUGGUGUUCAGAGAUCCCCCUCUUCUGGCCACCCCUGGGGCACUGUCAUGCUGCAAUAAAGAGGAAUUUUGCUGCUCCCCUGGA